AUGCCUCACUCAUCAAAAUAUAUAUCUAUGCAAGAGCUGUUUUAUAUUUUAGGAGAGAAUGAAAGUGAACAUUUGGAUUCCUUGUCUCCAUCAUGUAGGAAAACCAGACUUCGUAUUCGUAAAUAUAAACCCCCAAAAUUUAAAACAAUUAAUAUGAAAAAGGAACUUCCUCAUUCCAAACUGUCCAUGCUCCGUGUAAAGGAAAAGCGUCCAAAUGAGGGUCGUAUCCUCAUGGGAAUGAAAGAUGAACGAAUCGCUAAAUAA